AUGCCCGCGGUUGAAAGAAUUUUGAAACUUUGGACACCACUCAAAAAUUUUUUUGACUCUGCAGAAAGAGUACCUAAAAUUAUUUUAGAUUUUUUUAAAAGUCCGAUUAGUGAAAUUUAUUUCCUGUUUCUACAUUCCAACUUAAAUUUGUUUGAGAAAAACAUAAAAAGCGUUGAAAAGAACAAAGUGUCAGUAAUUGAAAUUAGAAAAAUAUUAUACGAAACACAAAACACCCUAAUUGAAAGGAAAUCUACCAAAUUUAUUGGCAUGCAAACCAAAAUGAAAAUGCAGAAACUUAAAAAUGAGAAUCCUACACCUGAAACUACAAUUUUGAUUUCAAAAUUUGAAGAAGAAACACUAUCAUUUUUUAACACAGCUUCUGAGUAUCUGAAAAAGUGGUCUGUUUCAUUUGAUAAGUAUGAUGUGUUUGACUGGAUGACACUAUCUGAAACCCCAAAAUGGGAAAAAAUUGAAAAUACUAUUUUAUACCUCAAUAAUAAUGGUGUGGAAACUUUAAGGGAUAAUAUCUUUGAGCAAUAUAUGUAUCUUAAAAACUUUUUAGAAGUUAAACUUGCUUCGGAAGAAUGGAAGUCCCCAGAUAGCAAGAAAAUAUUUUUUUGA